AUGGCCUACAAGGCGUGGGCAGAACUGGUGACUGGAGAGCGCAUUCGCGUUUUCCAGGAGGACAAAGGCGGCGAGUUUACUGGGAAGAAGUGGGACGCCAUGUACGCUCAGACGGGCAUCACUUUCCGUCGGACGACUCGCAAUCGUCCAGAGCAGAACGGCGUGGCUGAACGCGCAAACCGCACCGUGGUUGAGGGCACUGCUGCUGUCCUCGCCGAGUCCGGCAUGCCGCAUUCGUCGACACGCGGGCAGAGCCUGAAGGCCACCCGUUACGAGGUUUGGCAUAAGCAGAAGCCGGACUAUUCGCACCUUAGGGUGUGGGGCUGCAGGGCCUACGCGCACGUCCAGAGGGACAAGCGUGACAAGCUGCAGUGGCAUAUAAUCAAGGGCGUGUUUAUCGGCUACCCUGAGGGGUACAAGGGCUGGCGNUGGCACAAGCAGAAGCCGGACUACUCGCACCUUAGGGUGUGGGGCUGCAGGGCCUACGCGCACGUCCAGAGGGACAAGCGUGACAAGCUGCAGUGGCACAUAAUCAAGGGCGUGUUUAUCGGCUACCCUGAGGGGUACAAGGGCUGGCGGAUUUGGGACGGCAAGAAGGCAAUUAUCUGCGAGACGGUGGUCUUUGAUGAGCGGUAUUUCCCUCACUCGAAGCUAGCGCUGUCUCAACCGAUGGUUGUGGACUUCGAGCGACCUCCUGAGCUCACCCUUUGUUGA